UUUCCUUGCUACAUCUCCUUAGGCAACCAUGUCUGAAAAACAUGAUAUGGCUGAGAUUGAGAAAUUCGGUAAGUUGAAAUUGAAGAAGACAGAAAAACAAGAUAAAAAUCCACUGCCUUCAAAAGAAACGAUUGCGUAGGAGAA